GAGUCUUGCAUCUGUACAGGUAAACCGUUGUUUGUGUGUGUCAGGGUUCGUCGGUACAGAAUUCACCCUCUCGUUUGAGGGUGUCUUUGACUCUUCAGCCUGUCUGAAGCGUCUGUUUGUCUGAAUGUGGAGAUGGCAUGUCUGUAGAUGUAAGCCCUGACUCUCGCUAACCUUGUGUCUGUCCUGGCAGGUCUUGACCACUGAGCCACUACAUUGGCACACACCGCACACGGUGCCUCGUUACGCGUUGGUGUGUGUGCGUGUGUGUGUGGGUGACAAGGAGGCAAACGCACAGGAGGGUCAGUAGUGGGAGACGCAAACGCACACGUAUCUCUGCACUCCUGUCACCUUUCACACACAGUAAUUGAGAGAGUAAGGUACACACACUGUGGGACAGCGCAUUAGACCAACACAGGCACUCUGCAGACAUGGACUCGGUAGUGAAGAAGACUCUGGCUGCCCCCAUCAAGCAGCUCACCUGCUGCGUGUCGGGGGCCAAGGACAAGGACGGCUGGGUCGGCAGGAGCACCGGCAACACGAAGAGAGGCAAAGGGAAGAGCGCUCCUUCCAGGACCAACCAGGCUGCACCGGAUCCGGCUGUGGUGCGGUCAUACCUGGCCGACCUGCAGAAGGAGAGGAAACUGCGAGAGGCAAGGAACGCCCAGAAGAAUGCGGAGAGGGCCGCGAUGAGGGCCCACUACAGGAGGAAGUACCAGCUCUCAAAGAAUUCCAAGGAUGUUAAGCAACUGAAGGCGGUGCGUGGGAAGGUGUCCCUCCCCCGUGAGCUGGCUGCAAUGGUUCGGCCCGAGGCCCCAGCCAAGGAUGAGGGCUACAGCAUUUUUAAUGCCUUCCAGGGCCUCAGCCUCAAUCUGGGAGUGCUAACAGGCAGCACGCAGUCACAGACGCCAACGCCCGCAAACGGGGAGCAGUGCAGGGUCAUGGGUCUGUCUGUCUCUGCGGCGAGACCGGGGAGAGAGGGUGUGGACGGCGGGUGCAAGGUGCGGGAAUUUAACGAGAUCCCCCUCACCGGGAGCAGCGGCUGGAUCAACUUGAUCCGUUUCUGGAAGGAAGACCGAUUCCGAUCGCUGCACAUGCACAUGGAGAGGACCUUCAACACCCUGGGGCCCAUUUACAGGGAGCGGCUGGGCUCCCAGGAAUCGGUGAACAUCUUGCUCCCGGCCGACAUAAGGGAGCUCUUCCGCUCAGAAGGGAUGCACCCCCGGCGCAUGACCCUGCAGCCCUGGGCCACCCACCGCGAGGCUCGCCGACACUCCAAGGGCGUCUUCCUCAAGAACGGAGCGGAGUGGCGGGCCGACAGGCUCCUGCUGAACAGGGAGGUGAUGAUGACCUCCGCGGUGCGCCGCUUCCUGCCCCUCUUGGAGGACGUGGCAAAGGAUUUCUGCUCCUUACUGCGGAGGAGAGUGGAGGUGGAGGGGCAAGGGGAGCAGAGCCGGAGCCUGACCUUCGACCCCAGCCCUGACCUCUUCCGCUUUGCCUUGGAGGCCAGUUGUCAUGUCUUGUACGGCGAGAGGAUCGGACUGUUCUCCCCCUCCCCUUCCUCCGAGUCGCAGAGGUUCAUUUGGGCUGUGGAGCGGAUGCUCGCCACCACUCCGCCCCUGCUCUACCUGCCCUCCAGCCUCCUGCGCCACCUAAACGCCCCCUUGUGGACACAGCAUGCCUCUGCCUGGGACCACAUCUUCCGCCAUGCUGAGGCCCGUAUCCACAGGGGAUACCAGCUCCUGCAGUCUAGGCAACAGUCAGGGUCCGAUGAUCAGCCCCCUCCUUCUCAAGGACAGUUCAGUGGGGUGCUGGGGCAGCUGAUGGAGCGAGGGCAGCUCUCUCUGGAGCUCAUUAAGGCCAACAUCACUGAGCUGAUGGCGGGCGGAGUGGACACGACAGCAGUUCCCCUGCAGUUCGCCCUGUACGAAUUGGCCAGGAACCCCAGUGUACAGGAGAGGGUGCGCCAACAGGUGCAGUCAUCCUGGUUGCAAGCAGGGGGUGAUCCUCAGAAGGCCCUCCAGGGGGCACCUUUGCUCAAGGGCACAAUGAAAGAAACCCUCCGGUUGUACCCUGUUGGAAUCACUGUGCAGCGCUACCCUGUCAGAGACAUUGUCCUUCAGAACUACCACAUUCCUGCCGGGACUCUGGUGCAGGCAUGUUUGUACCCCCUGGGCAGGAGCAAGGACGUGUUUCGGGAGCCAGAGCGCUUCGAGCCGGCACGGUGGGUGGGGUCGAAGUCCGGAACGCCCGGAAAAGAGGGGGGCGUGGCCGGAGAGGCGGGGCCCGGAGCGGGUUUCCGAUCCUUGGCUUUCGGCUUUGGGGCACGGCAGUGCUUGGGGCGGAGGAUCGCCGAGAACGAGAUGCAGCUCCUGCUGCUACACAUCUUAUUGAACUUUCAGCUCAGUGUCUCCUCCUCUGCUGACCUUAACACCAAGUAUACCCUCAUCCUACAACCAGAGACCCCACCCAGCAUCACCUUCACCCUCCUUUGA